GCUGGCUCGGCUACUUUGCGCAUGUGCUCGUGCGGAGGCCAGAGCUGGACCAGCGCGUUCUGGAGCGAGCGUACCGCCGCGACGUGUGGUUGGCGAACAGCCUGCUGGACCUGAUUGUGGAGCGGUUGGCACGCGAUUCGAGCGUGUCAGCCGCCUUGGACCCGCUGACCCUGGACGAAGUGGUCAUGGACCGCGGCCGCAUCUUCAAUGUGUCCGUGGAAGGCCUGAGCCAACUGCGUCGGUCCGCGGACACUGUGCUCCGGUUACGCAACGCCUACACCGUGACCAUCGAGGGGCAGCUCACGUUCGGCAGCCUUUUCAUCAAAAGCAUGUAUCACUUCAGACCCAUUUCGGUGCUCGAGCUAGAGGGGCACAUGGACGUUCUACUGACGGGCCUCACGGUCGGCAUCGAGAUCCGCGUCCAGCAUGAAGUCCCCGUGCUCACACAGUUCAAGGUGGUCGAAUUUGGGGAGGCCGACGUCACGCGUUUCACGGGCGCCACGAUUGCCCUCAACUGGCUUGGCCGUAUUUUGACCACGGAACUGCUGCGCCAGUACAAGGAGUACAUCGUCAUCACCAUCGAGACCAAGGCGAAGUCAUUCAUCGAUUCAGUGCUCGAGAACAUUAAGCUACCUUUUCGUAGCAAGUUCCUAGAGAUCACGAACCACGCUCGCAAAGCGCACAGGGAACGGCGAAUUAUCCGUCGGAAACAUUAAAUUGCUAUUUUAGAGCGCAGCUCUUAGGUGCCCGUUCCUGCGGCGAGUGCCGAACGAACACAGCGAAGGAUGAAAGAGCGAACGCAGAGCGCAGCGGGGGAUAAAACACGCGAGGAGGAAAGCGGAGGAGGAGGGUUUGGCGAAAGCGUGAGAAAAGCGUAGUGCGGCGACGAUGACUACGCGAUGGAGCCAGAGUAGCGCGCUUCGUCUGGGAGGUCUGUCUGCGGCGGCUGCUGUGAA